AUGGCACAUUCUAUGAGCUUGAUCUCUAUCGGCCUCACAUUCAAUCAAAUACCUAAAACUAAACUCAGUGUUAGUGGAAGGUUAAAUCCAAGAUCUUCAGCACGGCUUCGAAUUAAGGCAGUGCAAGAAAACGGGGGACAACGUAGACUAGUGGACAUUAUUAGACUUGUGCCUGACCUCUCAAAGAAUUACUUUCGAAGUCCCUCCCGCAGGACUUUGUUUGGUGGAAUCUCCUUGUUGGGUGGAUUUUAUGUUGCACAAACGAUUUCACUAUCUUUUGGAGCUCUUGGAGUCAAUGAUGUUAUUGCGGCAGUGGUAUGUGUGCUUCUUACUGAAUAUGUAACUAAGUUCUAUUACAGCAGGCCAAAAGUUACUUUCCCUGUUGCUCUUCUCAACAACUUCAAAAUGGGUUUCACUUACGGACUUUUCAUUGAUGCCUUUAAGCUUGCCAGUUGA